AGCGAGAAGCAAGAUGGCUCCAAGUGUGACCAUGAAUGUCUCCGAGUCCGAACAUCAUGAGGGAAUGGCCAUGUCGGCCAUAUUCCGCGGUGGCACGCAGAUCACGCUGUUUUCGUCUGCUCUCUCCACCCAGUCUGUGGGCGCUUAUCUGGCUGCCCUGGUAGCGCUAUGUCUUCUUGCAUGGUUCAACCGCUUCCUCGCUGCCCUUCGCUACCAGAUUGAGGCCACACAACCCCUCAGUUCUGGUUCCAGUCGCUUCCCACUGCAGUCGUUUCCAACCGCGGAAGAAUGGGACCAUGGCAGCGCCAAUUCGGCUCCAAGUGCAGGCCUUAUUCCAGGCCAUGAGAAAUCCCAUGAGAGCAACGACCAGCUGUUCCCUCGCCUUGCUUGCCCCUUCCCCACAUGGGCUGCGUCGAGACCGUGGCGCUGGCGCAUCGAUGGCCUAAACACACUCCUCGAAGGGAUUCGGUCCUUAACUGGCUAUCUGCUAAUGUUAGCCGUCAUGACCUUCAACCUCGGGGUUCUGGCCGCGAUUGUGGCAGGGGUCAUGGUCGGGGAGCUCACUCUCGGUCGUUUCUCUCAUUCGGCUCAGUCGGCAUGGCAGGAUGGGGCCUGCCAUGAUGAUUAGCAUUUUACAUAUUUCCGCCGGCAAAUCUCUGUAUAGCUUUGUCUUUGAUCUUGAUUUUCUUCUCGAGCUACUUGCACAUUGUCUCGGGAUGUUGACUAUGGAAGCUUAGAUAAAUACAAGGUUUCCCCUUUCUUUUUGUUUCCCCCUCUGUC